CUCCGGGGGCGUCAAAAAAGCUCCGCGGCGUUACUAGCGUGGGUGAAGUUUCGUGACGGAGGUGAUCUCGAAGCGAGAUGGGUGUUACAACCAGCUGUUGCGCGAAGGCCGAGGUUUUGACAUUGGAUGACGUGCAAAAGGUGGAGUCGAUCGCCGACGGGACGGUGGAGGAACAAAGUCCCACGACCCUCAGUGGUGCUGAAACAGCCCCGUUGGAGGACCAGGACUCGGGAAGCCUUCCGCGGCUGCCUUCCGCCGCGUCCCAGGGAAUCUCGCAAAUCAGCGUGGGCGAAGGCGGGCGCUACACUGCCAGGCAGUUGCUUUUGAUGGGUCGUUACUUGGAAGCGGAAGAACUCUUAAAGGACAUGGAGAAAGACGAGGAGGACGUGGGACCCUUCUUGGAAAAGGUGAUGCCUUCGCUGAGAAACAUCGCAGUUCGAGCGAGGCUACCCACUGAGAAGGAGGGAUAUACCAAGCUCGAGUUGCCUGAGAACAAAAUGGUGAUCUACGUGCGCCGGGCUGAGACCAUCGAUGUCUGUUUUUCCACGGAUCUGCCAGCCACGUGGGAAAAGAUGCUGGCCAUGAAUUGGGAGGCAGAUCUAUCUUCUCAGUGGCUGCCUUUCAGUCCAGAGGUGGUGACCUCGUAUUCGGAGAGGGCCUCAAUGCUGAUGCUCUAUGUUCAUGCAAAGGUCCCCCCGAUGCCAGGGUCCAGGGAGGCUUAUAUCCAUCGUCACGUGGUGGAUUUGUUCACGCCCAACUCCGUCCUCGAUGGUCGGCAAGGAUUGCUGAUUGUGGAAAAGUCUCCGGACAACUGGAAGACUGGCGGUGUGUUCUUGGAUGAAUUUCAUGUGAAGCCUCCGCCCAGUUCCAGGUCAUGGGUGACCCGGGAUGAGCAGUUGGAAAGCUUCACGUUUUACGAGUACGUGAACCCCACGACCAUCCGUUGCUUCAUCAGAUACAAGGUGAAUUUCAACAUUCCGUCCUUCUUAUUGCCCAACUGGGCUCUCUUCAACCUCGCAAAGUUCACGGGGCGACGUUGGCAUUCGGGCCUCAUGAAUGCCUUGGACAAGUUUGAGGAUUUUGGGUACCAAAAGCGAGUGGAUGAGAGAAAAUUCCCCAUCUAUGACGCGGUCCUGGAACGAGCGUUGAAGCGCAGCAGGAUGGACCUCCUGGGUGAGGACGGUCCGAUCUCGCCACAGGCUGAUACCUCAAAGAAGACAAGCCUUAAGGCCGCAGGCAAAGCCGUGAUGGCCGUAGGCUCCAUGAGCGCCAAGUCUCGUGAAGAUGAAAAAAAGAAGAGCACGGCGUGAACCGCCCGUCAGCGAAAACACCCCUUUCAGGGCCUGCUUGCUCUGUCAAAGUCAGCGCGUUGAUCAGGCGCAGUUCCAGUGAGACGUUAUUCAAGUGGAUAUACAGUAUUAUGGGAUGUUAUAACUACUGUAUAUCCACUUUAUAG